GUCAGGAGAUGGGGGGGUGAGACGUCAAGUGACUUGGGCCGGUCAUCCUCUCUCUAAAAGCAAAAGCGCGCCCAAGCCCUUUCUCUCGCUCUCGCUCUCGCAAGCUAGCGACAAAAAACCUAACCAAGUAGGUUAGACCGCAUUGCUGUGCCCGAUGAGAGGUCAAAUCUUCAUUAAUUACUGCCCCCUCACCUGGACCUCGCUCCCCGGACCGCCCUAUGGUUUCCCCAUCCCUCGUCGUCGUCCUCCUCCUCGCCACCCUGCUCGAAUCAGACCCCUCCAUCCCGAGAGAGGAUCUUGGCUGCACUUGAUUGAUUGCGUUGCCGCGUGACUCGCCUCUUCUUCGUCGCCGCCCUCGAGUCGUCUUCUCCUUUGGCCCAGUGCGCGGCGUUGGGACCUGUCCUGGGUGAAUAUAAGUCGACGCCUAUAGCCCUGUGGCCCCCCCGCUGCAGUCGACCUUUUCUUUUAUUUAUCUGUGGCUGUUUUAUCUCUGCCUGCCUCCCCUUUCUCUCUCGGAAGCGAUUUUGUUCCGGCUCGCUAGAGGACGCUCGCUUGUCCGCCAUAUAAAGCCAUAAUCAAGCGACUUAUAUGCCGACGCCCCUCUUCUCGUGGUUACCUGGGAACGGGAGACCCAGCCUCUUAUCACCACUUUUAUAAGUACCCGCGGGGUCACCUCAACCACCCGCCCGCCUGUCUCAUUUAUUAUUGAUAUUAACCCAGCUAUCCCGCCACCGCCUCUCACUUCUGACCGCGGUCUUGUGCUUCUCUUCUACUGUGUCUUGUCGUCCAAGGAGAAACAAGUCGGCUCGAGUGACGUGUUUACCCUGCCACACGAGAGAGGGCUGGAAGAGGCUGGGCCGGGUAUUCUGGACAAGUUCAACCUCCAGACAAUACAUCGACCCUGGAGGAGCAAGGUUUUUUGCGGUGGCGAGUGCAGGACGGAAGCCUGGAGCCCUCUCGGAGGCCACGAUCAAGCUGGAGAGCCGGGCCCGACCAACCCGCUAUAUCUCUGGAGGAGGCGCGACGAGGCCCAUGAGUCUACACUAUGACCCCUCUCGACACCACGGCGCGGCGGCCGCCCCGCACCACACCUCGUGGCCAUCGACCAUGCCGGCCAGCUUCCGGCGCUUCCAGGCGCUGCCGCCCGAGAUCCGGACCAUGAUCUGGGAGUACUCGCUCCCGGACGGGCGCGUGUACGAGGUCCUGGACGCGCCCAACGCCAAGGCCCGCACGCCGCCGCAGCAGGGGCUCAUGUUCGCCAACGUGCACCCGGAGCCCCCGCCCGGGCUGGCGGCCGUGUGCCGCGAGUCGCGCUACCUGGUGCUGCACCACUACCGGCCGCUGGCGCUGGGCAAGACGACAAAGUACGUGGACCUGUCGCGCGACAUGCUGCUGCUCGAGCCCUACCUGCUCGUCAAGCGGCUGCACCGCACACUGCACUUCAUGAGCCAGAUCCCGCUCGUCCGCGACGGCGUCAGCCGCCUGGCCAUGGGCACGUCGUACGGCAUCUACACGGGCAUCUGCCACCCCGUCCUGAGCUGGAAGGUGUCCAAGAGCAACAUGGGCAAGCUCGUCUCGCGCCUGGCCGAGUUCCCCAAGCUCAAGACGCUCGUCUUUGUCGUGCACCAGGAGUUCCAGUUUGAGUUUGACUUUCGCCACCCCGAGUAUCCCAGCAACAACCACCACAGUCACAACUACCACCUGAGCCAUCACCACCACGGUCUUCACCAACAGCCACCACCCUUGGGAAUAUCAACAGCGCCACCACUACUGCCACCACCACCACCACCACCACCACUACCACCACAAGCAUCUCAUCCCAUGCCGCAACCACCACAAGCAUCUCAUCCCAUGCCGCAACCACCACCCCCGACUUCCCUCCCGCUCCCACCUCCGCUAAUGAUGACGCCAAUCUACGACGGCCCCACGGCCACGAUGCCGGCGCCGUCGCGGCCGCAGGUGGUGCACCAGGCGUACCGGUUCAAGUUCGACAUCGAGGCCAACAUCAACCACCACCCACACAGGCCGCACCUCAACGAGCUGCUCUACUACCCGCUCGAGGUCGACGAGGACAAGGACGACUGGGACGUGUCGGCGACCGGGGGAGCAGGAGGAGGCGCUGGGUCGUCGGACGCCACUGACGAUCAGUCGGCCUGGUGCGACCCCUGGCCCACAAACGACGACUACCGCCGCUUCCGCCGCCGCUUCCAGCGUGCCGUCAACAUGAGCCUCGAGAUGGGCCUGGUCGAGGGCAAGCGGCCCGAGUCCCUGCCGUCGCUCCAGGGGGCCAGUCUGUUGUGGAGGUACACGCGGGGCCGGUACUCGUGACGAGGGAGGGGGGCAGACACCACAAGGUGGAAACAGCUAGACUUACGCCACCUCCAUCACAAACCAUCCAUUCCGUUUUCAUGCAUACAUCGCUUCGCUCCGCGGCAUUUCUCUUUUCGUAUUUUUUCCCCCUUGCCGCCAUAUUCUAUUUUAAUCGCCAUCGGCAACGCGAACCUGGGACUCUAGCCCGGUUUCGGAAAAAGUUCAGCAGGAACCCGGCUCGUCGGCGCAUUUUCCGAAACCGGGUAUUGGAAGGAGAAGAGUCUCACAACUCACAGAUUGGACUGGACAGCUCAUUUUCUUCCUGGUAAUUAUUACUACUAUUAUCAUAUACUUUGAUGUUCAUAUUUUUUUUUUUCUCAGGAGGCCAUCACGGAGGAAAUAUCAGUUUUCUGGUUGGUUCACCCAAGUACAUAGAACAGAACUGGUAUUCUAUUCAGAAUGCCACGACAUCGGCUAAAUGCCUUGGGCAAGGGCCCUCCUUCCCCUGUGGGUUCCUGUGCACCUUUGCUACUCGGCAAACGACGCAAAACUAGCGAG